UGGGCCUAGCAGCAUGGCUUCAAGUAAGUUGGCGAGCCAAGCCUCCAUUUAUAUUCUUCCUCCCUCCCUUCCACCUACCAGUCCCCCCCCUCCCCCCCCUCCGGCGAUGGCAACGGAGAGAAGACGAUCAAUGAUUGUAUACCAUCCGGCGGCAAACUCGGAGCCAAGGCAGAUUCACGACCCUCCUCGAGACCGCGACACCACCGGCCACCAUGUUCGGCUCCAAGUCGCGGUUUGACCGCCUCUCGUCUUUCUUCCCGUCACUGAUCAAUACUUCUCAACCUCCAGAUCCCCCCCCGGAAGCUGUCCACCGCAAACCCCUACCUGCCCAGUCUCCCGUCCGGGAUGCUCCACCGAGUCUUCUGAGCCUGCCUCUGCAGCCCUCCGAACAGAUAGUCGAAUCUGAGAUCACAAGCCUGCAUGACGACCCCGACAACCCUGCGGCCUCAUGGUCUCUCACAGACCGGAAAAGGGACUCGACAGAAAGUAAUGUGGCCAGUCCUACUACGGGGAAGCUACAUAAGACCCCCCCCAGGACGGAGACGCCGCCCUCGACAGACACCUUCGCCGCACCUGCUCGGGGAUCUACGUUUCACUUCACCGAGACCAAGUCACCCCCACGUCUUGAUAAGGACCAAAGGAAACGUAGUAGCUCCGUCUUCGGAAGAUCCCACAAACCAUCGCAUUCUCAAGCAAACUUGGCCCCUCGACAGGCUUCGCCCGAGUCUAGGGCACGGAGCGUAUCUGCGCAGCCACCUCUUAACCGCUCAGAUCCGCCCUCCGGGAAUCUCGCCAUAUCUGCAGCCGCGGUAGCCCUAUCUCGCCCGGGAUCUAGCAAUGGCAGCCAAAGCCCGACCCGAGAAAGCGAGCGGCGUGGGCGGUUGAGAAAAAGCUGGCUCCCCGGAGCACGCUCGAGAUCCCACUCCAGAGGCCAGGCGAAAGCUACGGGUGCGACGGCAUGGAUACUCGGACAGAACGCCGAUUACAACACGGCCUUCCUAGCGAACGGGGAGAAAGUUCCAGAGCUGUGGAACGAGGGCGGAAACGUUUACAUUUACCUAGACCCUAAAGGUAGCGGCGCGAGCCCGUCUUUUAAAGUUCCAGGAUUUGUCGUGGAUUCCUCGCUAGUUUUUGCUGAGCUCAUCGAGGCUGAGAUGGCAUCGCCUACGAGCUCGGGACGGAGUCGUGCUCGCAGUUUCGGCGGUCGAGAUAGCCUGUCGGUUGAAGACGCAACGCGCAGGGUCCAGUCGCCUCCGCUCCUCGAGCCGCAAGGAGAAGGCGAGUCGCGGCUGUACCUACCCGUCUCUAUGUCAACCCCCGGCCACAGGUCGGAGGCUGACAUGGAACGACUAAUAUCGACCCGGAAUAUGUUUGCGUUCUUGACUGGCCAACCACUGGUGUGUACCAAGGAACAGCCAACUCUCUUCAGCGUUUUCCUGAAUAUCUCCGCCCUGUUGAAGGAGUUUGAAUUUACGGAUGACACCGGGUCGACUUUCGGAGGCGCCGUCGACAUGAGUUUUGGCUUCUUUAUGGAUCAAAUGGGCCUUGCCGAUGUAAGGCACAGCAGAGAGAAGACACUGGAAUCCCUGAUUCUAGGCGAGCGAAUGCGCUCGAUGACCCUCUACAACGAGGCGUUUGCUCAUGCCGUGGGCAAGUACUCGGCGAUCCGAGACCUAAACUCUCCUCUAUGGGAACAGGUGUCCCCGAUCACGCGCGAGAGGCUGGAGCGCGCGUAUUUCGAAUUGGUGAAUCGGCAGAACGGCGUCAACAACAGACUAGAGUCAUUUGACUUCCCGGCCCUAUUCUCUGGUGUCGCUAACUCGACGUCCAACUCGGAUUACAAGGAUGUCAAGUUUAACACCUGGAGGAAAUCAUUCGGCCGCAUGAGGCAAUUCGUCCUGGGCUACUACAAAACCAAUUUUGGGAGCUGGCCGCCGAAGGCUCGCAGUAAAAAGAACCCUUUCACUGAGAGCGGCCUGAACAGACAAGUUCUGAAGAUCCUCUAUUCGGACCUCUGUGCGCUCUACGACUUGCUCGCCGACCGGGAAUCGAUCACUACGCGUGUGAUCGACCAGAACGCAGAAGAUAUCGCCAACGACGACAAGAAUCCUCACCUCUCGGCUCUGCGCAAGGUCCUCGGCGAAUUCGACCAAUCUUCGCCGCCUGUACUCCCCCCCAUCCCGUUCGACCUUCCCAAGCUACCCAGCAUGACCAGCGUUCAAGAGAACUACUACGAGCUUUCUGCCAAGGAGCAGGCACGGCUCGACAGAAAUCUACAAGAGUACCAGAUGAUGCUGAUUCUGAAUAAGGCGUACGAUUUUGAAACCUUCAAGUUGGCUAUUCCGUUCCUUGAGGAAUUCAAGGAAUUUGAACAGAAGGAGGCCAAGGGGAGAACGGCCGCAGACAUGGCGGAGCAGCGAAUUGGCUACUGGCUAUUCCUCUACGUCGUCAUUCAAUCGCUUCCGAUGCUGGUAGUGGACGCCCCAGGUCUGCAAUUUACGGAAGGUGUCGAAUAUUUCCUAUGCCAGCCCCCUAGGGGUCACGCGCCAUGGAUGGAGGACGCCCCGUCGGUACGCAAGGGGUGGUACGAGGUAGCUGGCGGGGGUGGCCUGGUGGAGCUUUCGACUGAUGCUGUGGAAUUUAGCAUCGAGGGCAUCUACCACCGUAGCCACUGCUGGUUGGUAGCGAAGCGUUGGCAGCUCGGAGACAGCGCUAAUUCCCCAGCACCACAUGGAAACUUAUCCCCUCUCCCAGCGCCGCAGUCGGUGUUCACGGAUAUGGACCCUAGCGUAUCGAACCCAGCGCUGAUCAGCCGGAGCGAGUCUCCGCAAGCUGCUCCGCCGGGGGUUGCCCUCAGACAGAGGACUGCGUCUCCUGGUGGUAGGCGGCAAUCCUACCGAAGUAGCGUAGCAUUGGGGCUUGAGCCUGUCCCGGUUUCUGUGGAUGGUCUGCCAAUGCCCGGGUCGCGGGUCACCAGCGUCAGGGGCGUCUCGCCGGUCCAACGGCCGCUCAGCACCGCGAUGGCCCGCAGCAGGUCUUCGGGCAAUCUCAGUGGCCUCCCGGGUUCUCCUGUUCACGCGCAUACGGACUCGAGGACCAGUUCCCGGCAGGACUCGGUCGGCGGAAGUACGUUCGACGAUAUACUAAAAGAUAUGGAUCAGAAACCGAAGAAGAAGAGGGGAUUUUUCUAAACCGGCUUCACGAUUGACGACUCGUUAUCUUUUCGUCCCCAGACCUUUUUUUUUUAACGGAAUCUAUUCUCCAUAACAUCUGCCGUAUACUAUUUAGUUUUUCCUUGUUCUUUUUUCUCCCCCCCCCCCCCC